UGGAGUGUCUAAGCCAUCUCUUGUAAUUGACAACAGAUAUCCACUGUCUUAAUGGAUAGUUGGCUUUUCUCUUAGUUUUAAGAAGAAAAGUCUAGUAGUCCAUAAAAAAUAAACAAGUAAAUUGAGCUUCCAGUGUUUUCAAUUGAUUUGGUUAAUAAAUUGUUAUCGUCCAAGUACCUUAAAACAAUGCACUAAUGACGCCAUACAGAUCCAUGAAUCAGCUCAAUCUUGACCCCCUAAAUAACCUCUAGACUUGUGUUUGACAUGCCAACAACAUUUAACCAAGACCCGGUCCUUUCCUUUUGUCUCUUCUUUAUAUUUUAUACUGAUAAUAUUUUCCAUUCCCCACAAAAAGAACAAGAAAAAGGGAAGGAAAGAAAAACAGAUUUCAAUAAUUUCCUUCCUGCUUCCUCAUUUGUGUUGGACAUAGGCCAAUGGGGCCCAUUGGUGAGCAAUCACUAGUGGGUGGGUCCCAUGUUGAACCUGUGUUGGUAGUGAAUAGCUAAUGUUAUAGAAGAUGAUGGAGCUAGUCAUAAGUCCCUCCCAUCUUUUGAGCCCAUGUGGGUAGAGAUGCUAAUAGCAUUGCCGAUGUUCUGGCAAAGGAUGGUAUUGAGUCCCUCCCUGCCCCUCACUAAUUUUGGGUAUUAACUUCCAUCCCUCCCUCUCUCUCAAAAAAAAGAGGCAAAAACAGAGUUGGACAUACAACUAUUUCAUCAUAUUUCUUCUCAUUAAUCCAAGUUUAUCUAUACAAGUAUUUCACGUAAGGGUAUUUUGGAUAGUGUACUAAGUGAAAUACAUACAAGGUUGACAACUUAAAAGUUGGGAAGGCGCCACAACAUCUAUAUCAAUGUUUGCACCCAACAUGACUUGCAUUAUUAGCAAUUCCAUCUCAUUUUUGUUUUCUUCUGCCAUAUUAAGUUUACUUUUGUCGGGAUUUGAGCUUCAACAAUUUAAGUGGACAAAUAUUUCUAGAGUCUUUCUUCAAUAUAAGUUCACUUGUUUACUUGCAGCAUUGGAGGCCCCUAGAGUUCUGAAUCUUAACAGCAGGGAAUAUUAUUCUGGGCCAUAUGGGGAAGAUGUUGUGUUUGUUGCCAAUGACUGGCACACUGCUCUAAUCUCUUGCUACUUGAAGAGUGUAUACAAACCCAACGGGAUUUACAAGAGCGCCAAGGUAGCAUUCUACAUACACAACAUUUCCUACCAAGGGAGAUAUGCCAUUUCAGACUUCUCGCUGCUCAAUCUCCCGAAUGAAUUCAAAAGCUCUUUCGAUUUCAUUGAUGGGUAUGUAUGAAUUUUGUUGAAUUUUUGUCAUGGGAAUCGAUCGUUUGUUGUUAGAAGUGAGCCGUGUUGAUUCUGUUGUGAGUAUUGUUCACUACUUUCAUAAAGAUCUUUUCCGUUCCCUGAACUUUGUUUUUGGAUGAUCCAAUAGCCCCAAUCUUUAUUGGGUUUUCCAAUUGAAUGUAGACAAGUGCUCACUUUUUACACAAAAUUUUGUUAAUCUUCCAUCUAUAUGUCAUGAAUGGGUUUCUAGUUGCCUAGACUUGUGGACUAUGGCCCAUGAUAUCAACAGUCUUGAUAACCAUAGACAUGAAUCACAUGUACAAUGGGGAUGUCGUAGUUAGCACUUCAUGAAACUCCAUGAAGCGUGCACAUUGCAGUAACAUCCCUCCAAAUCAUAAACAUCCAUCGGAGCAAAGCCGGGAUGACGGAAUCCGGGAUGCAGACCUAGUUGUCUUGAAGGGAAUGGUGUAUGAUUGUGUUUUUCUUCUUUCAUAUUGGACAAGCAAAGCAUCCCGAGGUUGCUCAGUUCUUGGGAGGGAGGUUGUGUGACUGUGUUUUCAAGUAUUUGGCUAUGUUUUCAUCUAAAGAAGAUUUCAACAAAUAUUUGAAUCAUCUCCCUCAGUAACAUUUAUACACAUCAUAUCUUUUAUUCAGCUGGCUCCUUUUCUAUUGGGAGCCUUAUCAAAAAUUGAGAUCACGUUCAUCCCCACUGACCACAAAUUUCUGGUAGAAGACCAAACUAAUUUUGAUGGGUUUUUGGAAACCUACAUUGCUUUGUACCUAUCAGCAAGAUUGUUAAUACUCUUCACAUAUUUGCUUGUUGAUGUCAAGUAGCUCUUUUCUCUAGGUAACUCGGCCUAAUUCAAGCUAUUCAGGUGGUUUGGCAUCA